AUGGCAUCUGCGGCGAUCGACGGCGAUCGAGCGCCGGAUCUUACAGAGGCUGUCGUGACGCUUCAGCAGACAAUACGGGGGUUUAUGAGAGACGUCAAAACUGGACGUGAGGGUUUCGUGCUAAGACCAGUAGUUCCUGCUGACGGUGGAACGAACACGGCAUACGUAAGCAUAACGUCUGCUGACAAGGAGACCGAGACUCAGCUGGAAGCUUUAGAAGCGCAACUACGAACUUUGGAACAACAGCUAAGAUCCAGAGGAGAUUGGCAAUUACCAGACCAAUUACCGAACUCAUCGAUACCGACUGUCCUCGACCUCGCUGACCUUUCCAAUGCUAUCACGCUACUCGACCAUUUGAUCGAAUCUACAAAACCAACUCAACAGAACACUCCUCAACAGACCUUAUCAGCAUACUCCUGGACGUGGGAUCCAGAAUGGCAUGAGUUCUACACCUACAUACCCUCCCAGGAAGUCUGGGUCUAUCUUUCACGAUGGAAGUUGAAUGAGAUCAGGAACGUUUGGGAGCAUGUGAGCAUGUCUGGUGCCAACCUGAUGCCGGAUACUGCGGCAGAGAUGCUUGGUGCUUGGGAAGACUGGGUUUGGGAUUCGACGUGGCGACGAUGGUAUCUGGAGGUGGAUGAAAUCGACACUGGUGAGAAGAGCCAAAUCUUUGCAAGUCCAUGGCGCAUCCAUGCUGAUGGCGAAUGGGUUUAUGUCGGAGGGAUAGAGGCCGUAGUCUAG